AUGCAUGGCAGUUCGGCUCCUGUCGUAUCAUCGCAUGAAAGAGAAAACAACUUUGAGUCUAUUGUUGAACAUGACCCUGCACCUUCACCACUUGCACGGCAGAGUUGGUCGGAGGAAGAGCAAAUGGCAGUCCAAGACAUUUUUGCAGAACAGAUACGUCGCCAGUCGGUUACCAUGGCAGAAGUUUUGAAACUUGAGCAUACCCAUCCACUGCUCAAAAAUUGUGAAAACAAAAGACUGCAUGAUAAGGUGAGACGAUUAUAUCCAUUCAAAAAAACUACUGAUGGUGAAUGUUUGGAAGACACCCAGAAAAGUGUUGACGCCAUCGAGGAUAGCGAUGCCAACUCACUUACAGUUGCACCGACAAAUCAAAGUAAAACCAGAAUAUUUGAGGAGGAAGAGUUCUCCUUAUUCAAAGAACUUUUCAAAGACAUGAUUCAAAAUGGCGUGAAGAUAGAGCAGAAAGAGGUUGUGAACCGAUUGAAACGGAAUGGCCACGGAUACUUAUACGAAAAAUACACAAAGCAAAAGGUGACUGACAAGAUAAGAGGCCUUCUUACGACCCAUAUCAGGCAGUGGAGAAGUUAG